AAAACCUUCUCUCUCGCUGUAUAAGACUACCAUUACGUACUGGGAGAGAGAGUUGAGUACUAUUGUUCUCGUUUCUGCUAUAACCGCAAGUUUCUGCUACAAUCCUCUGUACUUACUUCCUUUCCUUCAUCAAUUUUUGCAAUCUCACAACUCUCUCUCUCUCUCUCUCUUCUUUCUCUCUCUAACUCAAACUCAUCCAUGGCUGAUCAGAAGAGUUUCGAACUUUUCCAAGUACUCCCACUUCCAACAUCUAGUACUUCUUUCCCAAGCCCAAAACACGACGCCGUUUCCAACUCAUACCCACCACUCUACCAACUUUUCUCUGAUAACCAGCUACACGGAUACGGCGCCGUUUUGUUACCGGACAAUAAUAAACUCAUCGGAUGCUCUGUUCCGCUGGGACCGUUCACAGGCUACGCCUCCAUUCUGAAGCGCUCGAGCUUCCUCAAACCCGCGCAGCAGCUUCUAGAAGACUUUUGCGGGUCAGGUUUUCGGGUCUUGGAAGAUCCGUCAACGGACGAUCUUAGCCUUGGCCAUAGUGCAUGGGCCAAUUAUCGGGUGGCGUAUCAGUUUAAGAAAGAUUCGAGGCUUGCGUUCAUGCUGGAGGAGGUUUACAACAGAUGUAAGCUGUACUGCCAACAAAUACAAUCAGUUGUUACAUCAUUUAAAGCAGUUGCUGGGCUAGGAAAUGCAGCUCCGUUUAUAACUUCUGCAAUCAGAGCCAUUUCAAACCACUUCGGUUGCUUAAAAAAUGCCAUUUUGGGCCAACUUCACUUCAAUCUAGCUGACGUUAGUCGUGUCAACAAAGAUGAUGGAACUCCGAGUUUGUUUUUGGCCCCUAAAACAAGUUUUGGUUCAAAGCCGAUUCACAACUUCCCGAAUCUCCGGAGUUCCAUUUGGCGAUCGCAAAGAGGACUUCCGGAGCACGCCGUGGCCGUGCUGAAGAAAUGGCUGUUCGAACACUUCCUGCAUCCUUAUCCUACAGAUUCAGAGAAGCACAUGCUAGCUCGACAGACAGGCCUAUCAAGAGCUCAGAUUUCCAAUUGGUUUAUCAAUUCAAGAGUGAGACUCUGGAAGCCAAUGGUGGAAGAGAUCCACGUUCUUCAAGCACAGAAAACUCAAAUCCCUCUUCCAGACGCAAUCAACCGAAAUCACAACACUCCAUCUCUGGAAAAGCUGGAAACCCCGAUUUCAAAUUUCGACAAUCUUCCGAAGGGUCGCGAAAUCUCAAGCAAACGCUCUAGAAAUGAAGGCCAUGAUGAUAAUAGUAGUUAUAGCCGUGACAAAGGGAGGAGUAAUGUUGAAGCUUAUUAUGUUGACAAUUACUCUAAAAACAAUAGCAGCUCCGGAGGAUCAUCAGCUUCUUUGGCAUUGAAUCUGCAACACAAUAUGGCGAAUUGUGAAGCCGCGGCUUUCAAAAACUGGUUUUGAAUUUGAAGGGGAAAAAGGUUACAGAUUGAUGGAUUAAUUAGUUGUAAUUUGAAUGA